UUCACGGCGUUUGCGACCGCUGCGGCGUGUGUUUUUGCUGUUCUGUGGUUUAGCAUCGUUCGGAAGUUCCGCGACGCAAACUCCGCUAUCAUGAAUUGCCUACGAAGCCUGGGCAACGCAUUCGCCCAAAUGACGAUUCGCGCUGCCAUGCCGUCCCGGAGUCUAUCCUUCUGUGCAACAACGGCAUGGCAGGCGAGCUUGCCGACCCCGUAUGCCAGGAAGUCGACUGAAAACACUCCGGUCACGCUGCCAAUCCAGGCGCCGAACCUGCCGUCUGUUCAACCGGUGCGCCACAGGUUCUUCGUCCGGUUCAAGGGAAGCCCCCACCACGACGGCCUCAUCUACGACCCGAUCCUGGAAAAAGUCCACGCUGGCGGCAUCCCGCCACCCAAGAAGAAGCGCCGCCACCCGCUGGACAGCAAGCCUUUCAUGAAGGGCGUCGUCAUCAAGACACUCAUCAAGAAGCCCAAGAAACCGAAUUCGGCCAACCGCAAGUGCGUACUCCUGCGCCUGUCCAAUGGCAAGGAGGCGACGGCCUACGUGCCCGGCGUGGGCCACAACCUGCAGGAGCACAGCGUCGUCCUGGUGUACAAGUCGCGGACGAAGGACGUCCCGGGUCUCAAGCUCAAGGUUGUGCGCGGGAAGUAUGACUGCGCUCACGUGAUCAGGAAACCGCAGUCCGGGUCUUGAAGGGACCACUAGUGAUGCUAUUGUUGUUUCCGGAGAGUGUUUGCACGUCAACAGCGCAGGUUCACACGACUUGAGCAGAAACGUCAUGUGCGACGUCAUUGUGCAGUCGGGGAAAAUUUGAAAGGGAAUGCUAUGUUCAUGUUUAAGCAACAAUUAUUUGGAAAGGGGGGAAGCGAAUAUGGGAUAUUGGUUUGCUAUGAGUACUUUUCUUUUUGUGCAUUUAUCGCUAUGAACACUUUUGCCCUUGGCAGCUGCAUUAAGCUACAGUGGCCUGUUGUAGGUAAUUUAGCCGUUUCCUUUCAUAUUGAUCAUGUCUGUGAAGCGGCAUGUCGCCAUUGACCUUCGCCUUCGGGUGCUAUUUUGGACACUGUCAAAUUCUGCCAUGUUGUAACAUUUUUUAAUGGCAUCAUUUUAGGCCGAUUGAAGAGGCUGUUUCAGCCAUCCUGGCCAAUCUGAAAUGACCAACAGUGGACAACACGAUUUUGACCAUGUCUACCGUAGAAACCCCAGCAAUAGUGAUGAUGGAAAAAUAGUUAAAACUGUGAAGUGAAAGCACUGGUUACUGCCUUUCCUCCCCCCCCCCUCCCCUCUUGGUGACAUGGGCCAACAAUUGACAGUGACAAAACAGCUAUACCUACACAAUGCCAAUCCAAAUUUAGGUACAUCCUACAUGACGUUUCUACUCUGGUCACACUAUCGAAGCUGUUGAGCAGCAGCUAAGCUCUCUCCAUUGUUGUUUCCAAUGGCUGAUGCCAAGGGCAAAUGCCACAACCGAAGCAUUUCUCAUCACAUCUGUGUCGCGUGAGCAAGUAGUAGGCUCAGUGGUUGCUAAAGAGCAUUGUUGCGAAACUUACCUGAAGCUCCUUAGUUUGACUGUGUAAUUAUGGCACAUUGAACUGGCUGUUUCAGAGCACUCUGGCAGUGAUGCAAAAAUUUUGUGGAACAGCUUUAAAGCAGGCUUUUGGAAUAAGCAUGCCUAGUAUAAAUUAUGUAGUUAUUUUUACGAAAUUCUCAACUAUUGUGAGUUAUCUGUGUCUCAUGGUGAUAAUAAUCAUCACCGGCUCAAUUGCACUAGGAGCUCGUAAACAAGUGCAACUCUGCACCGAGGUCACUCAGAGAUUGCCACUCUUCUGCCGAGAGUCAUGCGAUGUGUUACCUGCAGAUACCACGUGCGCGGGAAUAAAGCAAGGAGAGGCACACAAGAUAGGUAAUGGCUAUAUUUGUUUGGUGUAAGAAUUAUGCCACCAUGGGUUACAACUGCGUUUUUUUUUUUCUUUUAGAGUGAACCGUGAUCCGAGCUGUAAUGUGCUCUCCGAUGUUCAUUCUCCUUUCCAUGGUCUUUCUUUAACUAUUAUUGCACUCUGAAACAACAAAAUUAAUGUGAAAUUAGCUUCGCCACAGCACCGCUUCAUUGCGCACAGGUUGCUCAGACGACGUAGUAAUGUUCAACUGCAGUGCUCUUCAGCAGCCAUCAAAGUGUGCUCGAGUGACACUGCUGUUUCUCCUUCGUAGGUUAUUGAAAUAAAAACUGAUACAGAAAUACC